GUUGACAAUACCGUAACGUAACUAACAAACAUGUUUUACAUUAUAAAAAAACAAUUAAAAACCUGUCAUUAAAUUUGGUAAAUAGUAAAUGUUUUAUUUUGAUAAAAUAGUCUUGAAAUUAAUUUAUAUAUGUUGUUUAUAAAGAGAUAUAAAUAUUUAUAUAUAUAGAGAAGACAAUGAUAUUUUAAUACAAUUGACAAUUGUUAUUUUGGACGAUAAUAAUGGAGAAAAAAUCGAGUGUUGAAUUAUUGAAUGUGGAUCAGAAUAAUUCGAAAAAUGCAAGUUCAGAUUCUCUCAAUACGGACAGCAAAAGUAGUUCUCUAAACUCGAAAAUGGGGCAAGAAUCGGAGAGUUGGGAAAAGGCAUCUCACUCUAAAAGCUUUUCCACAAGCUCAACUUCAACUGAUAAUAAUAUUGUUUCCGCUUUAGAGACAAAAAAAGAAAGUCAAGAAGUAGUUGAGCUGAAUUUGACGACUGUUGAGGCAGGACCACCGCUUUUAAAUGGUGAAAGAAUGCGCGGUGGUGCACGUGAAGUGACUUAUAUUUGUCCAUAUUCUGGUCCAGCGCGUGGAUGUCUCAGUGUUACAAAUUAUAGACUUCAUUUUCGUAGUACCGAUCGUGAACCGCCUUACAUUAUUGAAAUGCCAUUGGGAGUUGUUAGUCGAAUUGAAAAAGUUGGCGGUGCAUCGAGCCGUGGUGAAAAUUCCUAUGGAAUUGAAAUUUUUUGCAAGGAUAUGCGUAAUUUAAGGUUUGCCCAUAAGCAAGAGAAUCAUUCACGGCGAAAUGUUUUUGAAAAAUUACAACAAUAUUCGUUUCCUGUUUCAAAAAAAAUGCCAUUAUUUGCAUUUGAAUAUUCGGAAACAUUUCCGGAAAAUGGAUGGCAUGUUUAUGAACCAAUCGCCGAACUUAAACGAAUGGGAGUGAAUAAUGAUAUGUGGAAAAUAACGAAAAUCAAUGACAGUUUUACACUUUGUGAUAGUUAUCCGGCGGUAUUGGCGGUGCCGGCAGCUGCAACUGAUGAAGAUUUACAAGCAUCGGCGGCUUUUAGAAGUCGCGGUCGUUUACCAGUUUUGGCGUGGAUUCAUCCUGAGAGUCAAGCGACAUUGACGCGUUGUGCACAGCCACUUGUUGGCGUUGGUGGUAAACGUAGUCGCGAAGAUGAACGUUAUAUUCAAUUGAUAAUGGACGCGAACGCUCAGAGUCAUAAAUUGUUUAUAUUGGAUGCGAGGCCAAUGCCAAAUGCAAUUGCAAAUAAAGCGAGAGGCGGUGGUUAUGAGAGUGAGGACGCUUAUCAAAAUGCCGAACUUGUCUUUUUGGAUAUUCAUAAUAUUCAUGUGAUGAGGGAAAGUCUCCGAAAACUGAAAGAAUUGUGUUUCCCUAAUAUUGAUGAGGCCAGAUGGUUAUCUGGAAUUGAAUCAACUGUGUGGUUGAAACACAUAAAGUAUAUUCUCGCAGGGGCAGUUCGUAUAGUCGAAAAAGUUGAGAAUCACAAGACUUCGGUGAUGGUUCAUUGUUCCGAUGGUUGGGACAGAUCACUACAGUUGACGGCUUUGGCAAUGUUGAUGCUCGAUCCAUAUUAUCGAACGAUCAAAGGCUUCGAAGUGCUGAUUGAAAAAGAAUGGCUGAGUUUUGGUCAUAAAUUCCAACACAGAAUUGGACACGGUGAUGAACAUCACAGUGAUGCCGAUCGAUCGCCAGUAUUUUUGCAAUUUAUCGAUUGUGUCUGGCAAAUAACACAAGAAUUUCCAAAUGCAUUUCAAUUCAAUGAACAUUUUCUUAUCACAAUUCUUGAUCAUCUCUAUUCCUGUAGAUUUGGCACGUUUUUAUUUAAUAGUGAACGUGAACGAGUUCAAGAAAAAGUAAAGGAAAAAACUGUUUCCUUGUGGUCUUAUAUUAAUAGCCAAUUAUCGCAAUAUCAAAAUCCACUUUAUUGGGCAGGACCUCAUUGUCAAUUGAUGGUUAUGCCAGUUGCCAGUAUGCGUUACAUUAAACUUUGGAAAAGUCUCUAUUGCAGAUGGAAUCCCAGUAUGCGACAGCAGGAUCCUGUUUAUCAACGAACGAGAGAACUUUUAGUUUUCAAAGAACAAUUACAAAAACAAGAGGAGGAAUGUCGACGUGAACAAUCGCUAAGAGUAAAUAGAUCAAUGACAUCUCCUGCACAGCCAAGAAUACAUUCCCCAGUGCAUUCAUAACAAAAGGAGUUACGCCUGUUACAGACAGAUUUAUAGUAAAUGUAAAUGAGAUGAUGGAGAUUACACAAUUUUUAUCAUGUUACAAAAAAAAACAACUAAUUUUCGACUGAGUCAAGCCUCAUUGUGUACAAAAGUGCUUAUAUUAUAUAAGGUCGAUUUUUCAUUUUCUUUAUAUAAAUAUUAUUAUAUUUCUCGACAAGACAAAUUAAUGUCAUUCCGCUAUAAUUUUUUUUUUCAAAUGCGGAUUAAAAUUAUUGUUGAUACCUAAGACAAAAGAAACAAAUAAUAUACGCAAUUUUUCUUAUUA